AUGAUCAUAAACCGCAGCUUUAUUCACCCCAAUCUCAGCCCAACAGUGGACUUUGCUAACCAGAAUGACAUUGGCCUCCUACUCCACAGAAUUUUUGGUAGCUGUAGCCUCACGUACUACCAAAACAAGGUCAUUCACAAGGUAAAAGACGAGGUUCACUCUGUGCAUCAUGAUAACCAGGCAUUUGAUGUGUACUCCAAGAUUGAAUUUCCAAUUGCCGCAAAGAAAAACUUUGGGAAUUCACAUAUUAAUGUGUGGUUGGCACUUGUGAUGUGCUAA